UCUAGAGAAGGAAUGGCAGAAUAUCAAAGAAGUAACGAAGGCGGUCCAAAUGGUGAUAAUAAAACAGAUGAACAUACAAUCAAUUUGCCGCAAACCACGGAUGUUUCAAAGCCAACGGAUGUUUCAAAGCCAACGGAUGUUUCAAAGCCAACGAAUGUUUCAGAGCCAACACGUCGUCCAUCACUUUUUUCUGAUGUAAAUAAGGAAGCCAAUCCUGGUGGUGGUGAUGAGAAAGCAGAUGAAAGUACAAGCAGUUUGUCACAAACCACGGGUGUUUCGGGGCCAACACGUCGUCUGUCACUUGUUUCUUAUAUCAGCAGCGAGGGAGAAACUAUAGGAAUGACCGCGUUAGAACCAUCUCCGAAACCUGAAUCCAGCGCUCAACAGCAAACCCAGCUGAACACUACUGAUCAUAGUAUACAAUUGCUCCAUACGGUAGCCUACAUGUUGCUAUCAUUUAUUACCUUAUUCUGCAGCUGUAUAGAUCUAGCGGAAAGAAUCCGCAAUUUUUCAACUAUGCCAAACUCUUGGAAUAUUAUUCUAGACACGGUUAUAGCCAUCAACUCGUUGAUAAACUUCUGUGUUAUCUUUCAUCUUGCAAACAAAAGAGCAAGUUUCUCAGACCGCAUGUUCUUAAUCUGUCUCUUUUGUUCCUUUCUUAAUGUGGUAUCUGCUGGCGUUAUGUACCAUCUACAUAGGGAAUGGGUACCUGUCGCUGUUCUUAUCAGUUCUACCAUGCUUUUAUUUCUGCUGUAUAUACCAUGGUUGAUGUCCUAUUUUGCAGAUAAAUUUACCCAGACACUGCCAAAAAAAGUAACGCAGUUGAGAAAAAAGACAACUACUUGAAGGUGCUUUUGGUGGAGGAAAUUUUUUUUUUUUUUUUUUUAUGUCAGUUGGCUUUAUAUCGGCAGAAGUGAAUUCCUCAGAAAUAUGGAUGAUUUUGCUGGAACAGAAACCUGUAGCUUCAAAAGUAAUCUAAGUACAUGCAAUUUACUACGAACAUCGAAUAAUUUGCUGUUAAAAACCGUCGCUGUACAUAAAUGUCCUCCAUCAAAGAGCAUCUCGGUAUCAACACCACCUUAAAUAUCAAAACCAACAAUUAGAACUUGAUUUUUUUUCUCUAUCAUUUUCUCGUUUUUUCAAACGAUGGUCAGUUUUUCUCAACUCGCCCUCUCGUCCACUGUAUUCUGUGUGAUUUAUUUAAACUGUUGUCCGCUAUUUUUUGACUUCAGUUUGCAAUAUAACACUUUUUGUAUUUAUGUGUUCCGACGUUGAUGUCGAAUAUUUACAAGUUUCAAAAUCUGCAAACUAACUUCAACUCUUUAGAGUCAAUUAUUCGGGUCUUAUUUUCUGCCACCUGGCAGACUCGUUAACCUGCGGGGCAAAAUGCUUUAGCGCCGUUUCGUCCAUCUUUACGUUCCGAGUUGAAAUUCCGCUAAGUUCUGCUUUGCCUUUCCUCUUUCGGGGUCGAUCAAUCGAGGUCGAUCAAUAAGAGUUGAAUGGGUUGUUAACAACUUAAUCCUCUCUCGAAAUUGCAAAGAUUUGAACCGUUAUAGUUGAAUAAACUAAAAUAUUUGAAAUACCCUGGCUACCCUAUUACAUGUAAAACCUUCAGAUUUUUUUGAUUUUUCUUUUUCUAAAUUUGUAAUUUCUUAAAUCUAUUGCAAUUUUACACUAGAAAUUUAACUGAAAAUUUUGUAACUAUUUGAAUAAAGAAUACUUGAAAUGUU